ACAACUGAACUAAGCCUCCUGAACAGGAAGAAGAACAGAAGACCCAGCAGAAUGCUGGAUAAUUAUUGGUAGAUCUGGUGUCACAGUCCCAGUGAGUUUCACUCAGCUUUAUUUGGAACAUAUUCAGGUGCAUCAGCAAGCAACUUCUUUGCUGAACAGUAAUUUAUUUGCAGAAUAAAAGUUUUGCCAUAUCUGAACGGUGAACUGAAGGAGAUUUGAGAAAUGCUACAGUUGUCAGCUUUUCAGCCAGUCGGUGUUACUCUGCUUACAGCUUGAAACCGCCACAGAUUGACUGGUGUCCUUUCUGAUAAGCUUCUGUAUAUCUUUUACUGCACUGGAAUAAAAAUAUGCGAGCAACAGGUGUGCUGAGGAUUGUGGUGGUGCUGUUUACCUUAGUUUCAACCUGGCUUUUUGCCAGCACCUAUUUGAAGAACACAAGCAUGAACUCAAUCAAUAUGAAGACAUGGCUGAAAAUGCCAUUAAUACAAAAUAAGUGCAAUAACAGAAGAAGUUGUCCUGAACAUACUUUUUCAUUCAAAAUCAUCAGUGGUGCAGCAAAUGUGGUUGGCCCUUCUAUAUGCUUUGAUGGCAAUGUAUUAAUGAGCAAUGUGAAAAAUAAUGUUGGUCGAGGUUUGAACAUUGCACUUAUUAACGGAACCACAGGACAGCUCAUCAAAAUAGAUAGCUUUGACAUGUAUUCUGGAGAUAUUAAAGUUUUGCUGGAUUUUAUGAAAGGAAUUAAGAAAGGCACCCUUGUGCUCCUUGCCUCUUACGAUGACCCAGCAACAAAGCUAAACGAUGAAGCCCGGAAGUUAUUUUCUGACUUAGGAAGCAAGUAUGUUUCCCAGAUGGCUUUUCGCGACAACUGGAUAUUCCUUGGUGGGAGUGGACUCAAAAGCAAAAGUCCAUUUGAACAGUAUUUGAAAAAUGAUAAGGAGACAAACAAGUAUGAUGGCUGGCCUGAAGUUCUGGAAAUGGAGGGCUGCGUCCCUAAGAGGAUAGACUAGCAUAAAAUGAAAUUUGGUACCAGAUUGAACUGCGGUCUUAUCAAAUGGAUUUUUUCUUUUUUAUUUUGCCUAACAAUCUGGGAUAGUGAAUUUGAAAUGACUCAGACUUCAAUCCCUGGGAUUUUGAACUCAGAGUUCACAUCACCCUGCUGGUCUCAAAUGAGGUUAACAAAAAAGGUCAGUUUUUUCUACGUGUGGGACCCUAGCCUUUUCACUGCUACUCUGACAUAUAAGUAACGAGUUCUGAAGAACUACUGGCGUAUACUUCCAGUUGAACUAAUGCUUUCGGAAGUGCUAUAUAAUCAUUCUAGACUUCACAGAUACAGGAGCAAACCCUUCAAAAAGAGCUUUUGGAGGUGAAGAUAUAUGUAACCUAAGACAGUGAUGGAUAUUGUUUCACUCUUGGGAGCCACAUUUAAUAUUUCAGCUGAAGCAAAGACUGGCAGGAUCAGGAAUUUGGGAGUGGAUGCUGAGGUUGGACAAAGCACAGUUUUUGGAUUUAUCUUUGGUUUGUUUUAUAUGGUUUUAAUUCUAUUUUAAUCUUCCAUUGCAAUUUUGUUGUAUUUUUGUGCUUCAAAAUGGCAUGAAACCUAGUUGCCAAUUUUGAGUACACCAUCCUGGCCACCAAAACAACCAGGAUUAUAACGAAACUAAGAUUUGCUAUCUGUGUAAAUGCAACCAUUAGCUCUGAAACUGACUUGGAUAAACAUGUGCUGAUGAAGACUGUUGCUGAAUUAAAUUGCAAACUACUGGUAUGAUACAAAUGACACAAAUUACAUCAUUCAUAUUCAUUUAUGACAAUUGCCAUGAUGGCAUAAUUAAGAAAAUAAUGAUGUCUUUAUAUGAAUUACAUAGAUACAAAACAUGUCAUUUAUAUAAUUUGUGUAAUGAUAUCAUGAUAUGCGUGUGUGUUUGUGUAUAUAAAUAUAGUAUUUAAAUUUGG